CCAUGUUUCCUUUUAGUUGAAACGAAAAACCUGGAAUUUCAGAUUAUUAGGGUUUUGUUAUAAAAUGUCGACGAGAAAACCUAAGGACGGGGACUCACAGCUGGCCGCCAUGGCUGCUAAGUCGAAGCCGGCGGCGGCAUCGACGGCGCUUGUAGAGUACACGGGGCCGGUUUUCAAGGAGGAGGAAGAAGACAUCGAGAUUAAGCUCCGCCGCAUCAUGGAAAAUGUGCCUGUCCGUGUUAGCAACACAUCCGGAAGUUCUGCCGGUUCCGGCUCCGGAGACUUCCACCAGUAUCGUCAAAUGAGACGAAAAGAGCAAGACCGGCUUUCUAGGAUGGAUGCUGACUACCAGAAAAGGAAAGAAGAGGCGGAGUUCAUUAUGAGAAGAGAAGAAAGACUGAAAGUGGCAGAGGAACGGACAGCAAAUAAGCGUUCAAAACGCCAAAAGAAAAAGCAGAGGAAGAAAGAGAAAAAGGCCAAACUGAAUAGUGGCGGGGAAGAGCAACAGAAAGAAGACUCAUCAGAUGAUGGUGAUGAAGGGGACUCUGAUAAAGAUAAGGAAGCCGCAAAAUGAGGAAAAGCAAUGCGGACACUAUCAAUUUUCCAGCCAUUUCCAAAAGGUUGGUUUUCCGUGGGCAUUAGAGAUGCACUGGGCCAUAUCACAUCAUGUGAUUUAGGCUUCUAUAGCCUAGUUUAUGAUAUUUACUCAAAAUUGGUUCGCUUAUCACAUGUGAAGUGUACUGUCAGAAGGAAAUGAAAAAACAAAUGGUAUAGUUGAUUUGAUCACAGAUUUGGUGCUCUGGCUCUGCUGAGUGAACAGCUUUUGUGCAUCCCCAGUUACUAUUAUACCGUCAGAUUCUGUGUAAGAUAUUAUUGAUGUCAUGGUCAUCUUCUGCCAAGUGUAAUGAGCAUGUUUAUUCUGUUUACCAGUGUAUUGGCACAGUUUGAUGUUACUGCGCAUCGACUUAGAGCCAGAAAUCACCUACUUUCUAUUUUAUGCCAAGGAAUAUUGCAUGUUUAAA